AGAGUUAAUCAGCUUCCUCGCCUAAUAACGCGGUCUUAAUAUCUUUGCAUUAAAAGAAAAAGCUUGCCACAAUGUCGUCUUCAAAUAAACAGACUGUGCGUGUAACGUACAUUUGGCUGGCUGGCAAAGAUGCGCACCACGAUAUUCGCAGCAAGGAUCGUACUAUGUAUCUCCCUCAGGAUGAUAUGAAAAAGAAUCCGAAAGAAUUGCUCGCUGACGGAGUUUUUCCUGUGUGGAACUUUGACGGUUCUUCGACUGGUCAGGCGAAAGGGUUGGAUACUGAAAUUCUGCUGAAGCCCGUCAACGCGUUCCCGUGCUGCCUGCCGCGCACAGCAUCGAAGAUUCCGUGGAUUCUGGUGCUUGCGGAGUGCUAUCUUCCUAGCGGUGAGCCGUCGGCCGAUAAUUCUCGUGCGACUGCUCGUGAAGCGUUUGAGCAAUGCCCAGAGGAGCACCCUUGGUUUGGUCUUGAGCAAGAGUACUUCAUCGUCACGCGCAACGGUCGUCCGUUUGGCUGGCCGGAGUACGGUUUUCCCGCGCCGCAAGGUCCCUACUACUGCAGCACCGGCAGCUGUGUCGCUUACGGACGCAAUUAUUGCGAUCAACACUAUGAGGUUUGUCUCGAGAUGGGACUGAACGUUUCCGGUACGAACGGGGAAGUCACUCCUGGACAGUGGGAGUUCCAGGUGGGUCCCUGCGAAGGCCUGGAGAUGGGCGAUCAGCUGACUGUUGCUCGCUGGGUUCUCCUCCGUCUCCUGGAAAAUGAAGGCUUGGAUGUUGAUUAUCGUGCGAAACCCAUUCACGGGGACUGGAACGGUAGCGGUCUGCACACUAACUUUUCUACCGAGUCGACGCGCGCUGAGAACGGUCUUGAUGUCAUUUACCAAUACAUCGAGCGCCUUCGCAAGACAGUUAGGCAGGACAUUGUUUUUUACGGGGCUGAGAACAACCAACGCUUGACCGGAAAGCACGAGACCUCCAAAGCUAACGAGUUCAGUUCUGGCGUUGGAACUCGCGGCACAUCUAUUCGUAUCCCGAAUGCGGUUGCAAGUGAGCGCAAAGGCUACAUGGAGGACCGGCGUCCCGCCGGUGACGCCGAUCCGUACUUGGUGACCUCUCGGCUUUUUGCGUCGUGCAUGGGUCUCGAAGCUCCGUCUCUUGAUGUGGCUUCGCCAACUCACGAGAAGGAGUGGAUGCGCCGCGCGUUUGAAUGA